UGACGCGGCAGUGUCGAUACGACAGCGGUGGUCGCUGGUCGGCUUUGCGCAUUGGGGUCGAGCGAUCCGACGUAAUGUGAAGAACUAAAAACUGGUUUUCCGCUGUUCCGUAGAUAGUUGUGCACAUCGCCAGGAAUCAUGGAAGAGGUAUUUCAAAACGGAAAUUAUCAGAGGGAGGCUAACGCCAACAACAUGACCGCCGUGGAGACGCGGAAAGAGGACUGCCUACUCGACCACAUAGAGAUCUCAAUAGUAGAAGCAGAGAAAAGGGCGAACCGGGCGCUUAAUUUAAGGGAGUUCUACACAGUAUACCUCAUCGAAACUAAAGUCACUGAUCCAGAUUUUAAAAAUGCAUUAAGUAGGAUAAGCUCAUUAUGGCGACGAUAUACUGAAUUCGAAUUGCUUCGUGCUUAUCUGGAAAUUUCUUAUCCUUAUAUUGUGUUACCGCCUUUACCAGAAAAAAAAGUUCUUUAUGCGUGGCAGAAAGUGACGACUGACACAUUCGAUCCUGACUUUGUAGAUCGCAGAAGAGCUGGUCUCGAGAAUUUUCUGACAAGAGUAGCAUCGCAUCCUAUACUUUCACGUGAUGAACAUUUCAUGGGAUUUCUCCAGCAGAAGGAUGGCUGGAGAGAAAGUGUUAAAGAAACAGGGUAUCUGCAGAUUGCAGAAUCGAAACUAAAAGCGCUUAGUGUAGCAGUGCGAUUAAGAAAGCCGGAUAAACGAUUCGAGACUAUAAAAAAUUAUGGAAUUGAACUGCAGAAUAAUUUGUGUAAUCUGUUGCGAGUGCGUGCACGUCUCGUCGAGAAGCAACACAGUCUGUACAAAUUACACGCAAAUUACGGGCGUGUCUUCAGUGAAUGGAGUGCCAUAGAGAGAGAAAUGGGCGAUGGACUGCAGAAAUCGGGACACUACUUGGACUCAUUAGCGGCAACAAUAGAUUCCACUCUCGAGGAAGAAGAGCUUAUAGCCGAUCAGCUGAAGGAGUGGUUGUUUGGUGCGUCGGCGUUACAGGCUGUGGUUAGACGCAGAGAAGCUUUACAGUUGGCUAAGGACGAGGCUCACAAUGCCUUAACCGCUGCGUUCGAACAAAAGGAUAAAGUUAUGCAAGGUAAAGCCGGUCUGAUGUCGCGCUUAUUUGGCUCGGUGGAUACCGAAGAGGUUCGCGAACUAAAAAUAAUCCAUCUGGAACAGCAGAUCGCGCAGCACGAUGAAGCCGUAAAACAAGUUGACGAAGAUUUAAAAUCUUUUUCCAUCAAAGCUAUGGUGGAUAUCGAGAGAUUCCAGCACCAAAAAGUUGUCGAUCUAAAAGAAACUUUGGCAACUUAUUGUGUUUUGCAAUUUAAGUUGGCUAGAAAGGGUCUUCAAGCUUGGCAGCACAUUAAAGGUUGUCUCGAAAGUAUACCGUGAAGAAAUUCAUGACGCUUCACAAAGCAGACUGUCACAGAACAAUAAUCGUUCCCGCGUUUCCCGUGAGAUAUACAUUCCUACAUUUGUAAGUUCACUCAUGCCGUACGCUUAUUAUCAUAUUGAUGUAUAUGAUUGUUAUUAUUUAAUGUCAGACUUAUAGGGGAUAUUAUAUAUGUAUGUAAUUCAUGUUGGAUAUAUAUAUAUAUUAUAUACAUAUAUAUAAAUAUGUCAAGACACACAUUAUAUUUAAAUAUUUAUAUGUAUUUAGUACACCGCUUAUGCGCGGACACAAAUAAUUACAAUCAUUACACGAAAAAUUGUAUUUAAUUGUGUAAUACAAAAAAAUGCAAUAUGCAAAUUAUAUUUGACAUAAUUUGUCAAAUUUGCUAUAUGUAAAUGACGAUAAAUGGGAUCGUUGUUGAUGUAAUUUUUUAUACACUGUCUUUUCGUCGUUAAGUAAGCACU